GGACCGGGCAGGCAGGUCGACGGAGACGGUGCUGAUCGUGAGGUGAGCAGAGCGGCUGAGGCUGCUGCGUCCCAGUCAGUAUGAGUAUGUACGGGUCCCAGCAGGGCCUGAACAUGGGCCGGAGGGUCAGCUCCAAAGGCGACCUAGCUGGCGGGGGGAGCUACCAUUACGCACGGAGCGAAGUGGUGCACGGCGGCGGUAAUGGAUACGAUCCCUACAUGGACGGAUACAAAACCUACACUUUCUCCAAGUCCACUGGAAUGGGGGGCGGCAUGGGAAGCGGAACCAUGAGCGGAGUGAUGAGUCAAAUGGCCAGCGGUAUGGAAGGCGGGACGAUGACCAGAAUGAGUGGCUCGACCUUCGGUGCCAUCAACCAGAGAGCUGAGGCCCUGCAAAGCCAGUGCAAUGAGUACCUGAAGAAAGCCGAAUAUGCCAUGCAAGCUGGCAGUGGGGAUACAGAGUACUACAUGGGGAUGGCCAAAGAUGCCAUUGAAAAGCUAAAAUACUGUGCGAUGGACCUGAGGCAAAUGGGACAGCCCAAUGACAAUGUAAUCAGGAGCUUGGAGAUCUGUAAAGACCGGCUGAAAGGGGCCCACAUGGCCAUGACGAGCUCCAUGCAGAGGAGGAGAAGCACCAGGGGGAGCUCUGGAGGAUGGGAGGACCCUGGAAGGAGCUUCCAUGAUGCUAUGGCCUGGAUUGGACAGCACAAGCGUCUGAUUGAAACAGCUCCCUGGGGAGACGAUCCUGCAGCCAUUGAGCAGCAGCUCAUCAGCCAUCAGAAGUUCCACGCUUCCAUCCAGAGGAGCCCUGAGAUGGACCGAGCCAGAGACGACCUGGCAAAGAAAGGAGACAAAGGAAGUCUUCACGCUCUGGAACAGGAAUGGGACAGUCUACAGCAAAUGUCAUUCAGUCGGACCCAGCAGCUGCGAGAUUUCCUGCACCUCAUUCAGGAAAUGUCCAGAGAGAUUAUGUGGGUGAAUGACAGGGAGGAAGAGGAGCUGAUGUUUGACUGGGGAGACAAGAACAUCGACCAGUACGUCCCCAAGAAGCAGGAGAGCUAUUCGAAACUGAUGAGUGCCCUGGAGGAUAAAGAGAUGGAACUGAAUAAACUCAAAGCCAAAGUGGAUAACGUCCUGAAGAACAACCACCCGGCUGCAGACAAGAUUGAGGCUUACAAGGACACCUUACAGACUCAGUGGAGUUGGCUCCUUCAAAUUACAAAAUGCAUUGAUGUCCAUCUGAAGGAGAAUGGAGCUUACAGCCAGUUCUUCAAGGAAGCAAAUGACACGUACAGCGCUCUGCAAAAGGAACAUGAGACGGUUCGUAAGAAAUUCCCUUGUGACAAGAGCACUUCUCUGGAGAACCUGCUGGAGCUCCUCAGAGGCCUGGAGAGGGAAAAGGAGAAGAUUUUGGAAAAUAAGAGGCAGGUGCAACAUCUGGUCAACAGAUCAAAGAGCAUCGUGAGAUUGAAACCCAGAAACCCUGAAGAGAAGAGCAACCACAGCGUCAUCAUCAAAGCUCUGUGUGACUUCAAACAAGACCAGAAAGUGAUCUGUAAGGACAACGAGGCCAUCCUGAAGGACAACAGUCAGCGCAGUAAGUGGCAGGUAACCGGCCCCGGAGGACUGGAUAUGUUGGUGCCCUCUGUGUGCCUGAUUGUACCACCUCCUAAUCCACUCAGCAUCAGCCUCGCCAACAAGAAUGAGCAGUACUAUGAGGCCAUCCUGUCAAUAUGGAACCAGCUGUACAUCAAUGUUAAGAGUCUCAUCGCCUGGCAGUACUGUCUGCUGGACAUCAGACGCAUCAACUCUCUUACCAUCAACAUGUUGGCCAAGAUGCGUCCUGAGGAGUACCGACAAAUUAUCAAGAGCCUCGAGACUCACUAUGAGGAGUUCAAACUGAGCAGCCAUGGCUCCCAGAUGUUUGCUGAUGAGGACAAGAGGAGCAUUGAGAACCAGUUCACUGGAGCCCAGGCCCACUACGACCAGCUGGUGGUGCAGCUGCCUACUUAUGUUGCACAGCAAGAACAAAUAGAAAUCCAGCAAGUAGUUGAGCAACCACGCCAUCAGUUCAUUAUAAUACAGCAACAGCAGCUUCAACAAGAUGCUGCCGAAGAAGAAUUCAGGAAGCUUGAAGAAGAAAGACAAAGAGUGGAGAUUAAAAAAAUAGCAGAGAGGAAAGCUGCCGCUGAACAAGAGGCGAGGAGGAUUGAAGAAGAAAGACGGAGAGUGGAGCUUAAAAAAACUGAGAAGAAAGCAGAAGUGAAGAAAGUGGUGAACAAAGAGCAUGUGGUCAAGAAGGAAGUAGUGAAAGUCGUCAGAACAGAGCCGGUGAGGAGAAGAGUGUCCUCUUCCUCUGUCUCCACUGCCUCCUCAUCAUCUCACAGUCUUUCAGAGCUGCACUCGCUCAGACUGAGGCUGGAGGCUGCUGAGAGCAUGCUGAGUCAGCACCUUCAUGUCUGCGUCGGAGAAGACGCUGUGCACGACUGUGGCCUCAAAAUCAUUCAGUUAGAGAUGGUGCAGCGGGAUGUUGAUGCGAUGCGUGAUGAGUACUUAAGUUUGAGGGAGCGUAUUUUGAGGGAGCUGGAAGGCAUGAAUGACUCAGAUAAGGCCCAGUUCCUCCGCAGUGAGGUUGGAGUGAUCAACCAGAGACUGGGCAGUCUGGAAAGCAGCUCGUCAGCUUACGUACAGAGGCUGCGGGCUCUAAGGGACAUGCUGGAGAGUGUGGCACGAGCUGAGGACAUUGUUAAAGUUCAUGAAGCGAGACUGACCGAGAAAGAGACCACAUCCCUUUCUCCUGGGGAAGUGGACGAAUAUAUGUUGACAUUGAAGAAUGUCAAAGCAGAGUUGGAUCAGAAGAAAGAUGUGAUGUCCUCCAUGGAGAAAGAAUUGACCAAGGCCAGCCACUGGAACAGCCAGGUGGGAGAUCCCUUCCACAGGUGUGACAUGAUGUUGUCAAAAUACACUGAGGAGGUGGGCGUGCUUUCAGACCGCUGGAGACGAAUCCAGGGACAGAUCGACACCAGACUCCAGGAUCUGCAGUUGUAUGUGCCUCAGCUGCAGCACUACAAGCAAACCAGCACUUCCCUUUUUGACUGGAUUGAUGCCACAACGAAAAAACAGAACGCACUACAAGCCACCAAGAUAGAGAAUGUCCAAGCACUUAAAGACCACAUUACCAACCAGAAGGCUCUGAACACAGAAAUCAAGGCGAAGAGGGAGACAGUAGAGAGGGUGCUGAAGGACAAUGAGGCCUGUGUGAACGCUAUUAAGGACUAUGAAACCGACCUCUCUUCUUACACAUCUGGUUUAGAAACUUUGCUCAACGUCCCCAUUAAGAGGACAAUGCUGAAGUCUCCGUCAAUGGAUCUAAAUCAGGAGGCUAUACAGCUGCAGACUCGUUACAUGGAAUUGCUUACAAUGUCUGGUGACUACCACAAAUUCCUGGGCGAGUCGCUCAAAAACAUGGAAGAGCUCAAGAUUCGCGACACCCGGAUUGACCUGUUAGAAGAAGAACUUCGUCUCCUUAGGGAGGAUAUCCAAGACUGCAACGGCAGAAACAAAUCACUGGAAGACACGGUUGCUCGUUACCAGCUGGAGCUGUCUCAGUCACAGGAACAGCUGUUGUCCGUGGAGGAGGUGAAGCGAAAUACGGCCUUGCAGUGCAAUGCCACCAAAGAGAGCCUUGACAGUACUCAAAGCCAGCUGACAGAGCUCAGUGAUCAGGUAACACGUCUUAAAUACUUACUGGAUGAAGAAAAGAGGAAGAGGAAGCUAGCGGAGGAGCGCUAUAAUCAGCAGCAGGAGGAAUAUGAAUCAGUGUUGAGGAAGAGGCAGAAUGAGCUGGAGACAGUCAGCUGGUCCAAGAUGGACGUUGAGAAGAGUGUGGCAAAUAAGGACCAUGAGAUCGAAAACCUGCGGCGGCAGCUGGAUGCUGAAACAGGAAGGGUCAAGGAGCUACAGACGGAUAUAUCAAAGGUAAGAAGCCAGUGCAAUAUGGAGAUCAAUAGUUUAAAACUCAGCUAUGAAUCCCAGAUCCAGGCCAGUCGCACAGACAUCCACAGGCUGGCAGCCCAGAGGGACGAGGAUACCGCUGAGCUCCACAUGCAGUAUGACAGAAUGGAGGCAGAGAGAAGGAGUCUGGAGGAGGAGGUCAAGAAGCUUAGGAUAUCUGUUGUCCAGGCUGAGGAGCAAAGAAUGAGAUCGGAGGAGGAAGCUCAGAGUCAGCGAGCUUUGAUCAUAGAAGAAGGGCGCAGGAGGAGAGAACUAGAAAGUCAGGUGGAGUUGUUGAUGAGUCAGAGGGAUGAGGAAAGCAGUGAGUAUAGAGAGGAGCUGGCUGAGCUCUUGAAGACUCUGCAGGACAAGAGUGACCAGUUGGCUUAUGUCACACACAGUCUUGAAGAGGAGAACCGAAGGAGAAAAACCAUAGAAGAAGGGCAAGCUGUACUCAAACAAACUGUGAACCAGCUGCAGGUAAAGCUAGCAAGCUCAUCGGUGGCUACAACCCAGCUGAGGGAAUAUGAUGAGGAACUUCAGAAGAUGCGUUUGGAACUUGAGAGAGAGAGCAAAGAGCGAAGCAGGAUGGAACAAAAUAUGAGCAGGCUAAAUUCUCGCAUCAAGGACCUGCAGGCUGUGAGAGAUGGGCUGGAAAGUCAGAUGGAGAAUUUGAGGAUAGCUAACCAAGAAGAAGUGGCCAGACGAAGGCAGGCUGAAGCAGAGCUGGAAAAGACCACUAUUAACAUGACCGAGUAUGCCACCACCAUCACUGCACUACGCAAGAGCCAAGAACAAGCUAGCACAUCAGGAAAGAGAGGUGAAGAAGAACGUCUCAGGUUACAGGAAGAGUUAGAAAGAAGCUUGAGACAAAACAAGAAUUCUGCAGAGCGCAUGACACAGCUUAGCACCGAGCUGAAAGCCCUACAGCAACAACUGCUCCAGGAGCAGGCCUAUCUCAAAGAAGCAAAACUUAGGAAUGACGGUCUUUACAGAACAAUAGAGGAGAAAAGUAAGGCACUGAAUGAAAACACUGUUCAGCUUGAAAGCCUGAAGGAGAUAACAGAGACCCAGACCAAAGAAAGGCUGAGGCUGGAGGAGGAAUUAAGGGCAGCACAUCAUGAUAAAGAGGAACUCUUGAGAUCCAAACAAGGAAGGGAUGAUGAGCUCUCCACACAGAUUACUACCUUGGAGCUGCAGCUGCAGGCCAGUGAGCGUAGCAAUAAAGACUAUCACAGCCUGGUCUCAGAGCUCUCUUCAGAGCGGGAGAAACUCAAGCUGGAGACUGAGAACAUGCAAACACAGGCCACCGAGACAAGAGCCAUGAUGCAGUCCCUUCAGUCCCAGUACAAUGAUGUUGUAAAAGAGAGAGAUGCUGAGCUUCGCAAUAAGCAACGUCUACAGGAGGAAAAUGAGAGGGUGAAGAGGGACUUAAGUUACUGGAAGGACCAAUGUGAUAGUAAACAGGGAAUGAUUAGGCAAUAUGACACAGACAAGGAGAUUUUGGAAAGGGACAAGAAAUCUUUAAAAAGUGAGAUUGAGCGGUUGAUGAGGGAACUCAAGGAUCUUGAUGAAACAAACAAAAGUAGGUUGUCAUCCAUCCAGAGAGAAAUGAAAGAGGUCAGUGUCAGACAAACCAAGGAGACUGAGCUGAAGACAACUAGAGCACCACCAAUCUUGGAAACAUCCACUGCAAUUUUUGAUGGAGUUCGCAAACCACAGCUAGAUCCUUCCAAAUUAAUAUUUGAUGGCGUUCGUAAGCCAGUAACAGCACAGCAACUGCUUGAUUGUGGAGUCCUGGACAAACCAACAGUUACUCAGCUAAUGAAGGGGGAGAAAACUGUUCCGGAGGUGUCAGAGGAUAAGAAGGCCUUUCUGAAGGGGACAGGAUUAAUUGCUGGCGUGGCAGCUGGACCAUCAGGGAAAAUGUCUUUAUCUGAGGCCAAGAAAAAGAUGCUCAUGCCAUCAGACAGUGCAGAUUUGCUAUUGGAAGCUCAAGCUGCCACAGGGCACAUAAUUGAUCCCACAUCCAAUCAGAAGCUGACAGUAGAGGAAGCAUGUGCGAGAGGAGUGGUGGACAAAAAGGAUCGAGACAAACUCUUGGCGGCAGAACGUGCUUCUGUGGGCUAUCAUGAUCCAAACACAGCUAAACCUCAUUCAGUGUUUGAGGCAAUGAAGAAGGGAAUGAUCGAUAGGAACACUGCUGUACGCCUGCUGCAGGCCCAGGAGCUUGCAGGAGGAAUUCUAGAUCCCAACCUCAGUGUGUUCCUUCCUAAAGACACAGCUAUAAAGCGCAACCUUCUGGAUGAAGACCUUUGUCGUGCAUUAAACAAGGGUCCUCAGUGUUACCUUGACCCAGACACAGAGCGUGAUAUCAGUUAUGGGGCUUUGAAGAAAAGAUGCAAAACAGAGUCUCAUACAGGUCUGAUGCUUCUGCAAAUCACUGAGAGAAAGGACCCUACAACACUUAUGUUUGAUGGUGUUCGCAAGCCAGUCUCUGCACAGCAGUUGUUUGAAUGUGGGAUCCUUGACAAGCCAACAUUUAACCAGUUAGUGAAGGGAGAGAAAACCAUUCCAGAGGUGUCUUUGGAUAAAAAGGUCUUUCUGAAGGGGACAGGGUCAGUUGCUGGUGUUGCAGCUGGACCUUUACAAAAAAUGUCCUUUACUCAGGCAAAAAAACAGAAAAUCAUGACACCCGCCAGUGCUGACAUGCUGUUGGAUGCUCAGGCAGCCACAGGUCACAUCAUAGACCCCGUAACUAAUCAGAAACUCACAGUAAAAGAAGCAUGUACCCGAGGAGUGGUGAGCAAGGAGGAUGAAUCGAAGUUGUUUGCAGCUGAAGCUGCUGCCAUAGGUUACAGAGAACCACAUAGUGCCAAGCUUCUCUCUGCUGGCCAGGCCAUGAAGAAAGGAUUAAUAGACAAGGACACAGCUCUACGCGUACUUCAGGCUCAAGAGUGUGUCGGAGGUAUUUUGGAUCCUAGUAUUAGUGUCUUCCUACCCAGAGAGAUUGCUAAGGAAAGGGAUCUUAUAGAUGAGGAUCUAUCCCAUGCUUUGAAUCAGUCUCCGGAGUGUUAUCUGGACCCAGACACCCAACAAACAACUACAUAUGUAUCUUUGAAGAAAAAAUGUAAAGUUGAUCCAAGCACAGGCCUUUUGCUUUUCCCUGAACAAAAAACAGUAACUGUUAAGGGUAUUAGGAACCAGGUCUCAGUCAUAGAUCUGGUGGAUGCAAACCUGCUGAAACAAUCUGAUGUGGACCAAUUGAGAGAAGGCAGACUAACAAACCAAGAGAUUGAAGACCGCCUGAGCUCCUACCUGGGAGGUUCCACCUGCAUAGCAGGAGUCUAUGAUGAGGCCAGUGAUAAGGUGCUGCCAAUCUAUCAAGCAAUGAAAGAAGAACUAUUGUCACGUGGAAUCGCUGUGCAACUGCUUGAGGCCCAGGCUGCUUCAGGUUUUAUAGUUGAUCCUCUCAACAACCUCUAUCUGACUGUUAGUGAUGCCUACAAUAGAGGACUGUUUGGCCCAGAGUUUAAGGACAAACUUCUAGCAGCAGAAAUGGCUGUGACUGGUUACAAACUGCCUGGUACAGACAGUAUUCUUUCCCUCUUUCAGGCAAUAGAGAGAGGUCUAGUGGAGAGAGGUCAGGGGCUCCGUCUGCUUCAAGCCCAAAUUGCCAGUGGAGGUAUCAUUGAUCCCAAACACGGUCAUCGUCUUGACGCAAACAUAGCAAACAAGAGAGGCUAUUGUGAUGAUAAAAUGAACAACAUCCUAGCUAAUGAAAAAGGUUUCUUUGACCCUAACACAGAGGAAGACCUAACCUAUUUGGAGCUUAAGAAACGCUGUAAAACAGACAAGAAGACCGGCCUUAUCCUUUUGCCUAUCAAUGAAAAGACAAAGCAACGAUCAGUACAGAAAAAUACCCGAGGAAAAAGGAGAGUGGUAAUUGUGGACCCAGAGACUAAUGAAGACAUGACAGUACGUGAAGCAUUCAACAAAGGGUAUAUUGACUAUUUAACCUUCAUUGAGCUGUCCAAGCAGGAGUGUGAGUGGGAAGAGGUCACUAGCACUGAUCCAGAUGGUUCCUCACAAUGUGUUGUCAUUGACAGGAAAACUGGAAGAGAGUAUAACAUUACUGAACUGCUUAAAAAGCAAGUAAUCAGUCAGUCAGUUUUCCAGCAGUACCGUUCACAAACCAUGACCCUUACUCAGUUUGCAGAUUUCAUCACCAAAAAGACUGAACAUGGAUCACCCUCAUUAUCAUCAUCAUCACUUUCAUCAUCAACAACUUCAAGACCAUCAGCUGCCUCAUGUACUUCUUCAGUAACAUCAACAUUAACUUCAAGACCAUCAACAUCUUUAGGUACAUCUUCAGUGACAUCAUCAACUUUAAGAACAUCUGAAGCCUCAGUUCCAUCACCACUGAAAUCAUCAUCAUCAGUUAUGUCAAGACCAUUAUCACCUACCCUUGCUAAGGUGACCACAACAAAAACUACCACUAUCACAGAAAGAGGCUCCACAAUCAGCACAGGUGUUCGAGACUCACCUGACUCCUUCAAGCAUAUAUCCAGCGUAUCUGUCCAUUUGGAAACUCCUGAUGAAAUAGUGGGUGAACAGGAACCAGUGGGUGCCAUUUUUGACACAGAUAAUGUGGAGAAGAUAUCUAUCACAGAGGCUUUAAAUCGUGAUUUAGUGGAUUCCAUAACUGCCCAGAGACUUCUUGAAGCCCAAGCCUGCACUGGAGGAAUUGUCAAUCCUGCAAAUGGACAGAGGCUCAGUAUCCAGGAGGCCUCACGCAUGGGCCUAAUAGAUGAUGACAUGGCCACUAAACUUAAGCCUGCCCAGAAAGCUUUUAUUGGCUUUGAAGAUGUAAAAACAAGGAAGAAGAUGUCUGCUGCUCAGGCUUUGAAGGAGAGGUGGUUGCCAUAUGAGGCAGGACAGAGAUUCAUGGAGUUUCAAGUUGCAACAGGAGGGCUUUAUGAUCCAGAAGUGGGUUGCAGAAGAACCAUAGAAGAUGCUCUGAAAAUGGGCUGGCUGGAUGUAAGAGCAGCCCAGAAACUCCAAGAUAUGAAACACCAUGCAAAGCUCCUAACAUGCCCUAAGAGUAAACUUAAUAUAUCAUACAAAGAUGCCUUGGAUAAUUGCCUGGUGGAGGAAAGCACUGGGGUGAAAAUACUCCAGGCCUCAUCUGUGUCUUCCAGGGGAAUCAGUAGUCCAUACAAUGUUGCAUCUGCCCCAGGAUCCACCACAGGCUCAAGGAGUGGCUCACGCCGAAGCUCCCGCAGGGCCAGUUUAGACCUAGGCUCCCCCACCUCCUCAUCAACUAGUCGCUACAAUCCUACCAAUGUCACCUACUUCCCCUUCCAAUAAUAAAACAAAAAUAAGACGAGGUCCCGCACAUGUAUACUUGCAAACAAAUCACAAUUUGUCAGAAUAUUUUCACUGUUCAAAAAAGAAUUGUGGAAAAUAUAUGCCUUGUUUGUGCAGAGUAACAUUUUAAACCUUUAACUUUUGUAUUGCAUAAUUCUAGAUUUAAGGCUUUGGUGUUGCUGUGCUUAUGUUGCGCAUCUAAGGGUUAAAAAUGCCGUGGUUCAUAAUAAUGAACACUAGUAAGAAGAUGUCUGCUGCUCAGGCUGUGAAGAAGAGGUGGUUGCCAUAUGAGGCAGGACAGAGAUUCAUGGUGUUUCAAGUUGCAUUUUUUUGAAAAUUUACAAAAAUAUUAAUGGCAGGCAUGCUAAAUGUUUGGAUUCAAGAACAAGUUUAUGUUAAUAUAACAGUUGGUGUCCCUGAAUGGGCUUAGAAAUUAUUACCGUAUUAUUUGUUUGCAUACACAUACUUCACAUAAAAAAAAAAAAUUUAAAAAGUGCUUUCUUCUUGCUGUUAAUUGUUGACAUAAUGGUAUUGCAUUUGCAAAUAUCUGACAUUUAAAAUAUGUCCCUUACCUGUUUUUUGUAGGGAGGGAUGCUAAGUUGGGUUGCAUAUAUUGUUUUUACUGCUGUUUUUUCCCCUCCCAAUCAGAUGAGCAUUGCUUUGUUGCUGUUUAGCAGUUCUGGUUUUGUACCAAUUUCUCACUCUCCUAAAAUAAAAGACUCCAAGUCUUUUGCUCAUA